GGCCAGGCCUUAUUUGACUGACCUGCCGCCCCCCUGCCCUGGCAUCAUCUCAAACCCACUUGCACCGAGACACCAAGCCUGGUUCAAGCCGCAGGACAGGACGAAAGGGACAGUGGCUGGAUUCACUCUCAACUGACGACUUGCCUUCUUUCAACCCUCUUCUCCGCGACAACGAUAUCGACGUCGACAUCGCGACACGUUGUUGGAGCACCCUCUCCAUCGCCGGGCACCCCGACCACACUCUCUUUCUCCCCACCUCCGCCCGUCCAGGGAAUCCCCGACAUUUGAUGCCCGCCAUGUACAAGUCCGAUGGCACCACGACGACCUCGGUCCUGAAGAACCUCCCCCAGUGGCUCACCAAGCGGCACGUCCUCUUCGCCCUCGCCCUCGCCACCAGUCUCCUUCUUCUCUUUUCCUUCAAUUCGUGGGGCCCUGAAGUGCACCUUCCCCACGUCAACACCGGCACCGCCGAUGCCCAGAAGAGCUCUUCCUCCAACAGCGACAAUGGCGUCCUGCGUCCUCAGUGCGCCGGUCGCGACAAGGUGGCAUCGCUCAACCUGUGGGACGAGUCGCAAUCCAAAUACACGGGCCUCAUGGAUGACAAAUUCACCAUUGCCAUUCAGACGUACCGGCGUCCCGAUGAACUGAACCAGACGCUCCACCUCCUCACAGACAGCGUAAUUCCCUCUCUCCACGAAAUCGUCAUCGUGUGGAACGACCUUCGAGUCCACGCCCCCGCCCAACUUUGUCUCCGCCCACGGUGUCGGCGUUCGUUACCGUGUCUCCCGUCGCAACUCCCUGAACGAGAAGCUGGUUCCCCGGACCCAGAGUACAAGGACGAAGGCUAUCCUUUCUUUUCGGACGACGAUGUGUUCACUACCCCGCCCGCCGGACCUUAG